AUGAAACGAUGCACGGUGCUCCGCCCAAAUAGCUUUGGGACACUGGGGCUUCGCCAGGCUCAACGAUGGCACUCAUACGAUAAAGCCUCCCUGACGAGAGAGGCCCUCUUACAGAAAGUCGAAGCCGGCCUUGGACGCGAUGCAGACGGCGAGUCAUUAAAGGUUAACCCUGAGGCCAAGACCAUCUCGACGGCAGCUGGAGAUCUUCCCAUCUCGCCGAUAUUCGAUCCAGCAUGGAUGCAGGCCAGGCGGAAGACUGCAAAGGCCGCUCCUGGUCCGCCACUCGGCAGGUUUCGACGGAAGCUGGCAAACAAUCCAUUUGCGCAGGCUCUUGCUACACCAAUACGAAGAUGUCCAAGCAGCGCAACCAGCUUACCCCGCUACUUCCUACAAGACUUUGAGCUUAUAAAGCACCCGACAUCCGGCGCACCCUGGUGGGCUCCCGGCCCGUUAUCUUUUGAGCAUGUCCAGCCCAUGAAACGAUUAGACGAGGCACAAGCCAAUACUAUUGGUAACGGACAUGAUGGAGAGGCCCCUGCACCGGAGCCCAUGUCAGCCCCUGUGGCAGGCCGAAAGGAUAACGCAAUAGAUUCGGAGAAGGACGUCCGGCGGCAGCGGAGAGCACCCAUAACAAGCUACAUGCUAAACCGCAAGCUGCUGGUUGAUAUGGUUGGUGGCCCGAACAAGAAAUAUCUCGCAAUGCUGCUUGCGGCCCGAAGUGGCAUGGCUAUUGCCCCGGACAGUAAGACUGCCGUCUGGAGGGAGGAUAUGGGAGAUGUGCUCCUGCAGAUGAUGCGUCAACAGGCAACAGAUGCGCUAGCUACUCGCGGCAACCGGUUACACGAGCCCAAGCACAAAUUCAUCGAACCCUGUGCCAAUUGGAAAGAUGUGGAAAGCGUCAGAUUGCGGGGCUGUGUUCUAUGGCUGCCGGAGAAGAAGAAGGAUGUGGCAGAUCAAUACGCAACACUGGAUAUCGAGGGGGCUCAAUACGGAAAGAAGAUGGUUGUGCAUAAUCUGCAUUGGCUACUUGGCGAGCGGGAGGUGCAGCGGUUAAGAGAUUCGGCUCAACUGUUUCGAGAUGGAGAAAUAUUCGUGCUGAAGCAGUGGCCAAGCACGAGUGUGAUGAAGCUGCAUCUCUUACUGUGGAGGCUGCACGGUUAUCUGGCGGAACCAGCCUCGUCUAUUGACUUCCUAUCCACAAUGCGCGGCGCCAAUCCAGAGCUGAUUCAGCCCGAGGACUGGGCUCGGCCAAACAAGCCCUCCUACAACACGCCCGUCUUUCUGAUCCACGACGGCGGCGGCACCACCUUUGCCUACCACUGCCUGGAGAUCCUCGGCCGAUACAUCUAUGGCAUCCACAACCCCUACUUCUACACCGGCGAGGUCUUCGAGGGCGGCAUCCCCGAGAUGGGCCGCAUCUACGCGAAAUGGAUCCGGGACACGGUACUAGAAAAGGGAUUUCCCGCCCAGCGAAGGAAUCACGACGGCACAAUCAGCAUCAUGCUUGGCGGCUGGAGCUUGGGCGGACUUCUCAGCAUGGAGGUUGCGCGACAGCUGGCCGAUGACGACGUCGUGCGAGUGUCUGGCAUCCUCAUGAUCGACAGCAUCUAUCCGGGCAACGAAGAAGACACGUCGUCAGAUGAGGCUUCAACAGAUCGAGACGGCUUGACACAGAACCAGAUCCUUUCCAGGCGGUGCAUGGCCGAAGCGGUGCGCAUGGUCCGACAAUGGCGUCUUCCCGAGUGGCCCGGCAGACUCUACAACCGACGGCCGCGGGUGGUUCUCCUGCGUGCUAAAGAAUACGUGCCGACAAAGGACGGCCGCAUCGUGGGUCUGGACUUGAACCGAGAAGAUGACUUGCUCGGCUGGGGCGAUUACGAUGAGGAGAUGUUCUGCGACGUGUUGGACGUGGAUGGUCACCACUUUGACAUGUUUGCGUUUGAGAGGAUAGAUGCAAUGACAAAGUCCAUCAAGAAGGGCUUAGAUAGGCUGGAGGAGUGUUCGCAGAUGAUGAUGUUUAGCGACAGCUGGUAA